AUGGACAAGAAAAUCGGUGUACCUGUUACGGGUUUCAAAUGCCGUAACUGCCGAAAGCAAGAUGGAGACAAGAAAGACAAAACAGCAGCAGAUGACAAGAACAAGAAGCAGCAGCAGACGUUCAGUCAGUCUCACUAUUAUAUGGCUCUGUAUCGCUUCAAAGCCAUUGAGAAAGAUGACCUAGACUUCCAUCCAGGAGAUCGCAUCACAGUGCUGGAUGACUCUAAUGAGGAGUGGUGGAGGGGUAAGAUUGGUGAGAAGACAGGCUACUUGCCCAUGAACUACAUCAUCAGGGUACGAGCAGGCGAGAGGGUAUAUAAAGUGAAACGCUCCUUCGUGGGAAACCGAGAGAUGAGCCAGAUUACCCUGAAGAAAGAUCAGAUCGUGGUGAAGAAAGGAGAAGAGGUGAAUGGAUAUCUGAAAGUGAGCACUGGCCGUAAACUGGGCUUCUUCCCUGCUGACCUACUACUGGAGCUCUGAAUGAUGGAGAUUCAUUCAUGAAGAAAAUAUGUGAAGCUCAAGAAUGGACAGA